CAGAACUAUGAAGCUCCUUUGUCUCCUCGGGCUGGUUUCAGCCGUACUGUCUGGCCCUGCCUCACAGCGAUUCAAUGGGGAGAAAGUAUUCCGUCUGAAGCCUACAAGUGAUCGGGCUGUGUGGUUUGUGAAAGGUCUGGCCGAUAAUGCAAAGGUUGAUAUCUGGCGACCUGACUCCAUUGACCAAGUUACAGUAGGCGUGAACGUGGAUUUCCGAGUGGAUGCUCAGAAGGUAGCCAAGGUUCAGGAACUGCUGGAGGAAAGUGGGCUGGAAUAUGAAGUUUUAAUUGAAGACCUUCAGGAAAUGAUUGAACAACAAUUUGAUAAUAAGGAACGAUCAGCAGCUUCGCACAGUUAUGUAAAGUACAAUGAUUUGGAUACGAUCAAUGCUUGGAUUGCCAGCACUGUUGCUAGGCACUCAAACCUAAUGUCGCUUUCAGAAAUUGGAACUAGCUACGAAGGACGGCCUAUCUAUGUUAUCAAGAUUGGCAAGAAAGCAAAUCAACCUAAACCCGCAAUCUUCAUGGACUGUGGAAUUCAUGCUCGAGAGUGGAUUUCUCCAGCAUUUUGCCAGUGGUUUGUGAAAGAGGCCGUCAGUACCUACGGAUCUGAUCCCAUCAUGACCAAAGUUCUGGAUACUGUGGAUUUCUUUGUUGUACCCAUCAUUAAUGUUGAUGGUUACGCCUUCACCUGGUCUAAUAAUCGCAUGUGGAGAAAAACUCGCUCCAAGAUACCUGGUAGUUCUUGCCGAGGAGUUGACCCAAACAGGAACUGGGAUGCUGGAUGGUGCACUGUUGGAGCUUCCACAAAUCCCUGUGCCGAGACAUACUGUGGCCCAUGGGUAGAAUCCGAGAAGGAGGUUCAGGCUGUUGCAAAUUUCAUCCGUCGCCACAAAGGAAGCAUUAAGGCUUACCUCACUAUGCAUUCUUACUCUCAGAUGUGUCUUUUCCCUUAUUCCUACACUUAUGACUUAGUGCCAAACCACAAUGAACUGAAUGACAUUGCUAAAGGAGCGAUUCACAGCCUGGCCAGCCUUUAUGGAACACAAUAUACCUACGGCCCAGGAGCUACCACCAUCUAUCUCGCAGCUGGAGGUUCAGAUGAUUGGGCCUAUGAUCUGGGUAUUAAAUAUUCCUUCACCUUUGAACUCCGUGACACUGGCAGAUAUGGUUUCCUGUUGCCUGAAUCUCAAAUCCAACCAACAUGUGAAGAAACCAUGCUGGCCAUUAAAUACGUGGCCAACUAUGUCAUCAACAAUCUGUACUGAAAUCUGCGCAGAGAGAUUGUGUUAAA